AGCAAAUCUACUUACUUUAACACAUUUGGUGGGUAAAUAAAUCGUUUUAAAAAUUUCACGUAAUGUCCCUACUUAAAGUCUAUAUAUUGCCAUAAUUUAUUUUAAAAUGAAGGUAAUUUUACUACUAAUUAUUUACUUCAGAAGUAGAGUUAUGGCACUUAAUUAUCACUUAUUUCCCAAAAAUUUUAUUUUUGGCACCGCCACUGCGGCCUAUCAAGUCGAAGGUGCUUGGAAUGAAGAUGGUAAAGGCGAAAGCAUCUGGGACCGAGUCCUUCACGAGUAUCCAGACUGGGUGGUAGACAAAACCAAUGGAGAGAUCGCUUGUGACUCGUACCACAAAUACAAGGAAGACGUCCAACUUCUCAAAAGUCUGGGCAUACACUUCUACCGUUUUUCCAUAUCUUGGUCUAGAAUUCUCCCGACGGGAAAAGCUGACCAAAUUAACCAAGCAGGCAUUAACUACUACAACAACCUGAUUAACGAGUUGCUAAAUAAUGGGAUUCAGCCCUAUGUCACGAUGUUCCAUUGGGAUUUACCUCAAGCCCUCCAAGACGAAGGCGGUUGGGUUGAACGAAAAAUUGUUAAUUAUUUUGUUGACUAUGCCAAAGUUUUGUUUGACCAUUUUGGCGAUAGAGUCAAGUCUUGGUUAACAUUUAAUGAGGUUUUGCAAUUUUGCGAAGGUGGUUACUCUCUAGGGGAAUUCGCUCCUUUUGUCCAAAAGCCAGGGGUUGGAGGCUAUUUGUGUGGUCAUCAUGUGCUCCUAGCACAUGGGGCGACAUAUCGUUUGUAUGAAAAUUAUUACAAGGAAAAACAAAAUGGAAAAAUUGGGAUUGCCGUUGAUUGCGCUUGGUAUGAACCCGACAAUCCUAACUGGGACAAAGACCAGAAGAUUUCAGAAAUCACAAUGCAAAUGACCUGUGGAUGGUUUCUCAACCCCAUCAUUUUUGGCAAUUACCCUGAAAUAAUGAUUGAAAUGGUCAGACAGAACAGCCUUGCCAAAUCGCGUUUGCCAGAAUUCACACCCAACGAACAAAAAUUGCUAGGAGGAGCCGUUGAUUUUAUCGGUUUGAAUCACUACUCCACUUUUAAAGUUUACCCAGCUACGAAAAAACUGUAUAAUCAACCUUCUCUGUUCAGUGAUAUUGGUGGUAUCUUGUAUCACGAUGCCUCUUGGCCAGAGACCGCGUUUUUUUAUUUCAAAAUUGUUCCUUGGGGAAUUCGAAAGGUAUUAGUUUGGAUCAAAAACCACUACAAUAACCCACCGGUUCUGAUCACAGAAAAUGGGUUUGGUGACGAUGGUCGGCUGGAUGAUUACGACAGAGCAGAUUAUUUUCGACAAUACCUUUACGAAAUAUUGAAGGCCAUUCAAGAAGAUAGUUGUAAUGUGACUGGAUAUACGGCAUGGAGUUUGAUGGAUACAUUUGAAUGGAUGAGUGGUUACAUGGUUAGAUUCGGCUUGUAUCAUGUAGAUUUUAACGAUACCGAGAGGCCGAGAAACAGAAAAUUGUCUUCUUAUGUUUAUAGUGAUAUAAUAACGACUAGGCGCAUCAGUUGGGAUUAUUACCCAAAGUGGCCCCCAUCUUAAAAUGUUAAGAAGAAAAACUCAUAAUGUUAACAUGUUCAAUAAAAUAAAAAUUGUUACAA